AUGGAAGAAGGUUUACAUCAAGCUGUAAUCCUCAAAUUUUCGUAUGGGAAACCUGAUCUACAGGAACUACGACAGAUUAUUUCCAAACAAUUUGAUGUCAAAGGCUACUAUAAUAUUGGACAACUGGAAUAUCGGCAUAUACUGAUUAGGUUUGAUUUGUUUGAAGAUUUUGUUCAAGCUCUGUCAAGAUCGACAGGUUAUAUUAAGGCGAAGGGUGACGAGUUCUUUUUUAGAACAUUCUCAUGGACAAUAGGCUUUAAUCCGCGUGAAGAAACAUCGAGGGCAGUCGUAUGGAUCUCUUUACCUGACUUGCCUGCAAAUUUCUUUGCAAAAAGGUCGUUAAUGUCCAUCGCUUCAGCAGUUGGAAAGCCUUUAGCAGUGGACAAAGCAAUGCAAGAUCGAACGCGACCAAGUACGGCAAGGGUUAAGGUCGUGCUCGAUUUACUGGACAAGCAUCCAAAGAGAAUUAAGAUUCAUAUUAUGGAUAAGAAUUCUGGGAAAGUUGUUGAGCAUUAUCAGGAGAUAGUAUAUGAUAAUCUUCCAAAAUAUUGUACCUAUUGUAAGCAUCAAGGGCACGAUGAAAGAUCAUGCCGUUGGAAGACUGUGAAAAAUAAGGAAAAUGUAGUUGUUGCGACUGAAAAUGAAGGUCUGGGCAAUCUGGACAAAUUGCAAGAUGAUGCCAGGGAUUUUCUUAAUGCAAAAAGGGCUGGGCAGCUGGAAGAUGAAGCAGCGAAAGCAAGUUUGGUUGAGCAAUAG